GAGCUUUUUGCACCUGGAGCUUGUAAUGCCCGCGGGGCGUUUUAACCUCCUCGGCUUUACCUGCCUGCCUCUAUCUGGCUUUGGCACCACCGGAUUUUUAAGGUCUCUUAGUAACUUUCCAUUGGGCUGUAAAGCUUCGUGUUCUGCCCGGUGCAGCUGGCUUACAGCAUCAAUAAAAUGCUUUAACAGGCUGCGUACAGCAAUAAAAUGGUUUACAGUAAGGAUGAACUGAGUUCCAGAUCAUAAGGAAAGAGGAGAAGUGGUCAGGAGAGGCACGCUGGUCUUCCCCACCCACCAGGGCUGGGAAAAAAUGGGCCUUCCAGUCCAGCCUGUGACUCCUCUCUUGUGGAACGUAGUGCAGCCGUGGUUUGCUCUGCUGAACAGACUAAUUCAGCUUGUUUGAUUGCUAUGAAGUGUUAAGCCCCAGAAAAAUAUAUACUACUGGCUCCGAGUAGAGCAGUCAGAGGAAUGUGAGUUUUGUCAUAUUCCCUCUUCUCCAUUCCUUCUUCCUUGCUCCCUCCAGGAGCAAAGAAGCAUAGACAGGAAAUUCGUGCUCUUUCUAAAGAAGAAAAAAGUUCCCUCCCAUUUCACUGUACUUACCCAGCAGUUUUGCGUUUGAUUUUUGAGGAUUUUUCACUUGAAAGUACAGAGGAAAAUUGAGAAUAUAAACUUUUUUUCCCCUUAAAUUACAUAGAACUAGUUACUAGCUUUUGUUCAUCCUCUAGGUUUGAUGUAAAGGAUUAGCAUUUUGGAGGGCCAUAUAUGAAGCAAAAUACUUGUUUAAAAAUUCCCUACUGAUCCUAUUAAAGCAAGCAGAGGCAGGUAAAAAACUUAUUUCUGCAACACCAAAAGUUUGGGCUAAAUUUGACUUAACGUGCCUUAAAUAUAAAGACAGAGAAAAGCUUGUUUUUCCUCUUGUACGUUACCAAAUUUGUUGUUAGAUACUAACAAGCGAUGUAGAAGCAGUCUGUGCUCUGAAGAGCUUAAGGCUAAGAAGCUAAGUGUCCACCUGAGGAAUAUGGGUAGAAUAAUGUGGAACGUGUGGUAAUUAAAUUCUGUGACAAGCAAGACCUGGCUUUACCGGGAAUUAAAAAACAGCUUCUUGCAAACAGUUCUGUGGGUCAUUGAUUCUGUAAAAUUAUUUUUUUGUGCAGUCCUAGGCUGAAGCACAGCAGACUUGAAGGUGAAGAAGAUGGGUGGCCUAGGGCUGCUGGCCAUGGAUGUGCCGGAGCAGUACAAAGGAGCCGGCCUCGACUACCUGGCCUAUUCCAUUGCCGUAGAGGAGAUCAGCAGGGGCUGCGCGUCCACCGGUGUCAUUAUGAGCGUCAAUAAUUCUCUGUACUUAGGGCCAAUACUCAAGUUUGGUUCCGAAGAGCAGAAGCAGAAGUGGAUUGCUCCCUUCACCGGCGGGGAUAAAAUCGGGUGUUUUGCCCUUAGUGAACCAGGAAAUGGCAGCGACGCAGGAGCUGCUUCCACCACGGCCCGCCUGGACGGCGACGAGUGGGUUCUGAACGGCACCAAAGCCUGGAUCACCAACGCCUGGGACGCAUCUGCCACCGUGGUGUUUGCCACUACUGAUAAAUCUCUGAAACACAAGGGCAUUAGCGCGUUCCUGGUUCCUAUGCCAACCGCUGGGCUUUCACUGGGGAAGAAAGAAGACAAGCUGGGAAUCCGAGCGUCUUCCACUGCCAACCUGAUAUUCGAGGACUGUCGGAUACCCAAGGCCAACCUGCUGGGGCAGCAGGGCAUGGGCUUCAAAAUUGCCAUGCAAACCCUGGACGCGGGAAGGAUUGGUAUCGCCUCACAGGCUCUUGGAAUAGCCCAGGCAGCUCUGGAUUGCGCUGUGGAUUAUGCUGAAAAGAGAAUGGCCUUUGGGUCACCUAUCACAAAGCUACAGGCAGUUCAGUUUAAGCUAGCAGAUAUGGCUGUGGCGCUGGAGGGUGCGCGCUUGCUGACCUGGAGAGCAGCUGUGCUGAAAGACAAUGGGAAGCCCUUCACAAAGGAAGCUGCAAUGGCCAAGCUGGCUGCAUCAGAAGCGGCAACAGCCAUUUCUCAUCAGGCCAUCCAGAUCUUGGGCGGGAUGGGCUACGUGACAGAGAUGCCAGCAGAACGGCAUUACCGUGAUGCUCGUAUCACCGAGAUCUAUGAGGGGACCAGUGAGAUCCAAAGACUGGUGAUAGCAGGUCAACUGCUGAAGGCGUAUCGUAGCUGAAAACACCGACUCGAGCAAGACACUGCCCCAAAGUGCCUCAUAACGACACACAACAGCGAUCCAGGCUUGGCCCUCUUGAAAGAGGGUAACAGUGGAAGUUUUCCUCACCCAUGAGUACUGACCCUCAUGUUAAAACGUGCUCAUUCGUCUUUGGACAAAGUAUGGUGCAUGGAAGUCUGUAGCUAGGUUUGUAAGGGGGAGGGAGGAGGCACCUUGUGGUUGUAGAGGGGGUUGUGGGCCUUUUCCUAAGGGGGGGGAGAGGUGUGUUGGGGCUGGUAGAGGCAUGAUGGCUUUGCUGGUCCGUGAAGUCAGCUGCUCUGCUUGUGCAAGACCCAGCUGUUUCUUGGUUUGCAAGGAUUUGUCCCCAAGUGGUACAUGAUAAGCAGUGCCAAAGUCAAAGCAGAGGUACUGAGAGCUGCAUAUCAUGUGUGCUGUCCCCAGCUGUGUGUUACACUACCUCUUCUGGUCAGAAUUGAAUGCGUUCCAGUAGUGGGAUGCUGCUGUCUGCAAGCUCUUUAUUGGAGAGGGGCUGCACUGAGACAAUCGUUGCUUGCUACACAAGGGCAUGGUGCCCUCGGUUUCAGCAGGGGCUAGGCCGCUAGGCACUACCUACGCACAAAAGGCUCUCAUACAGGCUGCACUUGCUGUCUCUGUGGCUGUAAAAACAAAGAUUGUGAAGAAAAAACAAAAAUCUUAUUUCAGCCUCCAUGGACCAGCAGCAUGGUGUGAGCUGCAAAAGCACAGGCCAGAGAAAAGCUACCAUGGCAGAGAUAGAGGUAAAAAUAAAGGGCAGGGAAAAAAAAAACUCUACCUGUUUAGGCCAGGAACCUGUUCUCAAAGCAGCUGAUGUGACACCAAUACCUCUCUAACAGAAAAGAAAGCGCGUGAAGUGGCAGCAACAGCCUUUAAUCUCUGCUUGUUUUGGGCACCAACUAGGAAAUGAGCAGACGAUGCAGAAACCCUUACCAGGGAGCUUUAACAGUAGCACGUCCUCAAUCAGUUAUUUUUGGCAGGAAAUAAACUUUGGGACAAUAAACAGCAAAAAGAAAGGCUCUAAACUCAGGAAAAGAUGGAGCAGAUUGAGACUGCAACCUGUACAGUCCACCCUCCUGUCCAAACAAUGAACACACUAGCAGUGAAUGGUUAUUUUUCUGCAGUGUCAUUUAUUUAGAUUUGCAUGGAAAGAAAACAGCAGGAUUAUUACAUAAAAUA